AUGACGAAACUUCAUUCUCUCCAUAAAGUACAGUUGCCUGUUUCGAGACAGAAGAUGGCGUCAAUCACAAAAGCAGCUAUGAGAGCACUCAAAUUUUACAAACAUGUCGUACAAAGUGUGGAAAAAUUUAUUUCUAAAUGUGCACCUGAGUACAAGGUUCCUGGUCUUUACGUGAUAGAUGCUAUUGUUCGGCAAUCGAAACACUUCUAUAAUGAAAAAGAUUUAUAUGGCCCACGCUUUAUGAGAAAUGUUGUCCCUAUAUUUGUAUCUCUUUCCAAAUGUGGUCCUUCAGAUAAGCCUCAAAUAAUUCGUGUUUUACAACUGUGGAAGAAAACUGAUGUAUUUCCGAAUAUUUUAAUCCAGGGCCUGUUGAGCCUUGUAAGCGACUCUGAGAACACUACAUUGAUCCAGGAAGAUAUACUUGUUGCAGAAUAUAAUGCUAAAAAAUCUAAAUUGGCUGAGGCAUGUCCAGAUGGAAAUCCGCAGCUGUCUGGGAAUGGGGACCUCGCUAAUUCUGUUAAUCGCUUGCUUAGUCAUAUGCAACAGGGUGCAUCUGUCGCUCCUUCAAAUCAAAUAGACCAACUUCUGGAGUUACAACGCAAGAUCUCAGAAUGUUCUGCCCCGUUAAUGCAAGGCCAAAUGAUCGAGCCAGAUGUU